CAAGGAAAAGGAGCUAAUCCCAUUUUCUAUGACUCCCUUCUUCUUCCUCUCCUUCUUCUUCUUCUUCCUCUUGCUUCCUUUGUUUUUGUUUCUCGCUUAAUUAACAUUAUAUUCAGCAUGGAUUUGUUUUCACCCUCAGAGCAUCUAUGCUACGUUCAUUGCGCCUACUGUAACACUGUUCUUGCGGUCGGAGUUCCUAGCAAAAGGUUAAUGGAGACGGUGACUGUGAAAUGCGGUCAUUGCAACCAUCUCUCUUUCCUUAGUCCAAGACCGCCGUGGGUUCAAACCCAUUGCACUAGUGACCUUCAUUUGGAAUUAUUUCAGGAUCCUUGCAAUGAUUGUAGAAAGAGUCAAAGCUCUGCGUCAUCUUCAUCUUCAUCUGGAGAUCAAACAAACUCAAAUGUGCCAUUUGUUGUGAAACCUCCAGAGAAGAAACAUCGACUACCAUCUGCUUACAACCGAUUUAUGAAGGAGGAAAUACAGCGCAUCAAGGCAGCUAAUCCUGAAAUUCCUCAUAGAGAAGCCUUUAGCAUGGCUUCAAAAAAUUGGGCUAAGUGUGAACCUCGAACUACAGUUCUGACUGCUGACAACAACGUUACUGCAGUAAGACCUAGCGGCCUUCAACCAAAAAGUGUCGGUGAUGGUUUUGCAGGAGAAAGCUUUAAUCUUUUCAGGGAAAUGGAGCGCAACUAGACCAUUUUAUUUAUGCCUCAUAGCCCUCUAGAUAUGGGACAUGCUUUAUGUUAUUUGAUGAUCAGUGUGGCAUGUAUGUUUGAUGAAUCUCUAUUUGUUUUGCUUUCAUACAUUCCUGGAGCAUGCUUACUCCUGAAAAACUUUACAUAUCAGUAUUUGUUAUUUCUCAAAACAUAAAUAGUUCAUUUUCUAGACAAAACUUAACAAUCAGUUGUAAAA